CAAGUCGAUAAGCACCGAUACUGGAAUGUAGGGGAAGAGAGUAAGAAAGUAAGGUCGCACAACGAAACGGCUCGGCGGAGGGAUACUGUUUCUUUUCUGGCGGAGGGAUUUGAUAGUACAUUGACUUCCGGAGACGUCCUGGCCCUGAGAGGAAAGACCCCGAAGGAAACAAUAACAAACGAGAGGAGGAAGGAAUUGUGGUGUUCCUGUGUUGUGCUGUCGUUACUAGAGAAGAUGCGUUUCGGUCCCUGUCAGGGGACGUGAAAGGGCUAGGUGGGCUUCAGCCAGCCUUUCUCCAUCUGUUCCCCUACGGGGGGCUCCUGGAUAUUACCAUGGCUGGUGUGGGGCCGGGGGGCUACUCGGCGGAGUUCGUGCCACCACCGGAGUGCCCAGUGUUUGAGCCCAGCUGGGAGGAGUUCACAGACCCGCUCAGCUUUAUCGGUCGCAUUCGGCCUCUGGCUGAGAAAACUGGCAUCUGCAAGAUCCGACCUCCCAAGGACUGGCAACCUCCAUUUGCAUGUGAAGUAAAAAGUUUUCGUUUCACUCCCCGGGUCCAACGCUUGAAUGAACUUGAGGCAAUGACUAGAGUGAGACUGGACUUCUUGGAUCAACUAGCAAAAUUUUGGGAACUCCAAGGAUCUACUUUGAAAAUUCCUAUAGUGGAGAGAAAGAUCCUGGAUUUAUAUGCUUUGAGCAAGAUUGUUGCCAGCAAAGGAGGUUUUGAAAUGGUCACCAAAGAGAAGAAAUGGUCCAAAGUGGGUAGUCGCUUGGGAUAUUUACCAGGAAAAGGAACUGGGUCUCUUUUGAAGUCACACUAUGAAAGAAUUCUCUACCCAUAUGAACUUUUCCAAUCUGGUGUCAGCCUUAUGGGUGUACAAAUGCCCAAUUUAGAUCUUAAGGAAAAAGUGGAGCCUGAGGUUCUUGCCACUGAUAACCAAGCUCCCCCAGAGCCGGGCACAAGAAUGAACAUUCUACCGAAGAGAACAAGACGUGUCAAGUCUCAGUCAGAAUCUGGAGACUUGAACAGAAACACAGAACUAAAGAAACUUCAGAUUUUUGGGGCUGGACCAAAGGUUGUGGGCCUGGCAAUGGGAGCAAAAGAUAAAGAAGAUGAGGUCUCCCGAAGACGAAAAGUUACCAACAGGUCAGAUGCAUUUAGCAUGCAAAUGAGGCAACGGAAAGGAACUCUCUCUGUUAAUUUUGUUGAUCUCUAUGUUUGUAUGUUUUGUGGCCGGGGAAACAAUGAAGACAAAUUGCUUUUAUGUGAUGGAUGUGAUGAUAGCUAUCAUACAUUUUGUCUUAUUCCUCCACUUCCUGAUGUGCCCAAAGGAGACUGGAGGUGUCCGAAAUGUGUUGCUGAGGAGUGUAACAAACCUCGAGAAGCCUUUGGAUUUGAACAAGCUGUACGAGAGUAUACCCUUCAGAGCUUUGGAGAAAUGGCAGAUAAUUUUAAGUCUGAUUAUUUCAAUAUGCCAGUCCAUAUGGUUCCCACAGAACUAGUUGAAAAGGAAUUCUGGAGACUGGUGAGCAGCAUUGAAGAAGAUGUUAUUGUAGAGUACGGAGCUGAUAUCUCCUCCAAAGAUUUUGGAAGUGGAUUUCCUGUAAAGGAUGGUCGGAGAAAGAUGCUGCCAGAAGAAGAGGAAUAUGCACUUUCUGGUUGGAACUUGAAUAACAUGCCUGUCCUGGAGCAGUCUGUUCUUGCACAUAUUAAUGUGGACAUCUCUGGUAUGAAGGUGCCAUGGCUCUAUGUGGGAAUGUGUUUCUCUUCUUUUUGCUGGCACAUUGAAGAUCACUGGAGUUAUUCCAUCAAUUACUUGCACUGGGGGGAGCCAAAGACAUGGUAUGGUGUACCAUCUCAUGCUGCAGAACAACUGGAAGAGGUGAUGAGGGAGCUGGCCCCUGAGUUAUUUGAGUCUCAGCCUGACCUGCUACAUCAGUUAGUCACCAUCAUGAACCCCAAUGUACUAAUGGAGCAUGGUGUGCCUGUCUACAGGACCAAUCAGUGUGCUGGCGAGUUUGUUGUGACGUUUCCUCGUGCCUAUCACUCUGGAUUUAAUCAGGGCUACAACUUUGCUGAAGCUGUGAACUUCUGUACUGCUGACUGGUUGCCCAUUGGACGUCAGUGUGUAAAUCAUUAUCGAAGGCUGAGGCGCCAUUGUGUUUUUUCACAUGAGGAGCUUAUUUUUAAGAUGGCAGCAGAUCCAGAAUGUCUAGAUGUGGGGCUGGCUGCCAUGGUCUGCAAAGAAUUGACUCUCAUGACUGAAGAAGAGACACGAUUAAGAGAGUCUGUUGUACAAAUGGGUGUCCUGAUGUCAGAGGAAGAAGUAUUUGAACUUGUUCCUGAUGAUGAACGACAGUGCUCAGCAUGCAGAACCACAUGCUUUCUCUCUGCUCUCACAUGUUCAUGUAAUCCUGAGCGGCUUGUGUGUCUCUACCAUCCAACUGAUCUUUGCCCCUGCCCCAUGCAGAAGAAAUGUCUUAGAUACCGCUACCCUCUAGAAGACCUCCCUUCUCUUCUGUAUGGUGUAAAGGUCAGGGCACAGUCCUAUGACACUUGGGUCAGUCGUGUCACAGAAGCAUUAUCUGCCAGUUUCAACCACAAGAAAGAUUUGAUUGAAUUGCGAGUAAUGCUGGAAGAUGCUGAGGAUAGGAAAUACCCAGAGAAUGAUCUCUUUCGAAAACUCAGGGAUGCUGUCAAAGAAGCUGAGACCUGUGCUUCUGUGGCUCAGCUGCUUCUGAGCAAAAAGCAAAAACACAAACAGAGCCCAGAUAGUGGGAGAACUCGGACCAAACUGACAGUGGAGGAAUUGAAGGCUUUUGUUCAACAACUUUUUAGUCUUCCAUGUGUCAUCAGCCAAGCUCGACAAGUAAAGAAUUUGCUGGAUGAUGUAGAAGAAUUUCAUGAACGUGCUCAGGAGGCAAUGAUGGAUGAAACCCCAGAUUCCUCCAAACUCCAGUUGUUGAUAGACAUGGGCUCUAGUCUGUAUGUGGAACUGCCUGAGUUACCUCGGCUGAAGCAAGAGCUUCAGCAGGCUCGAUGGUUGGAUGAAGUAAGAUUGACCCUAUCAGAUCCACAGCAAGUCACUUUGGAUGUCAUGAAGAAACUGAUUGACUCUGGGGUAGGAUUGGCACCCCACCAUGCAGUGGAGAAAGCAAUGGCUGAACUACAGGAGCUCCUUACAGUGUCUGAGCGAUGGGAGGAAAAGGCUAAGGUCUGCUUACAGGCAAGACCACGGCACAGUGUAGCAAGUUUAGAAAGCAUUGUGAAUGAAGCUAAGAACAUUCCAGCCUUUCUACCCAAUGUUUUAUCCCUGAAAGAAGCCUUGCAAAAGGCUCGAGAAUGGACAGCAAAAGUAGAAGCUAUUCAGAGUGGCAGCAGCUAUGCUUACUUGGAACAACUGGAGAGCUUAUCUGCUAAAGGGCGCCCUAUUCCUGUGCGUCUUGAUACCCUGCCCCAAGUGGAGUCACAGGUAGCAGCAGCACGAGCGUGGAGAGAACGGACAGGACGGACCUUUCUGAAGAAGAAUUCUAGCCAUACAUUGUUACAGGUGUUAAGUCCUCGGACUGACAUUGGUAUAUAUGGAAGCGGUAAAAACAGAAGGAAAAAGGUAAAAGAACUAAUAGAAAAAGAAAAGGAUCUGGACCUUGAACCUUUGAGUGAUCUGGAGGAAGGACUGGAGGAAACUCGAGAUACUACUGUGGUGGUGGCAGUUUUCAGAGAAAGGGAGCAAAAGGAGAUUGAAGCCAUGCAUUCCCUCAGAGCAGCCAACUUAGCCAAGAUGACAAUGGUGGACCACAUAGAAGAAGUGAAAUUUUGUAUAUGCCGCAAGACAGCCAGUGGGUUUAUGCUACAGUGUGAGCUCUGCAAAGACUGGUUCCAUAACAGCUGUGUUCCCCUUCCUAAAUCAAGUUCUCAGAAAAAGGGAUCCAGCUGGCAAGCUAAAGAAGUAAAAUUCCUUUGCCCACUUUGUAUGCGGUCUCGUAGACCCAGGCUAGAGACUAUUUUGUCACUCCUGGUAUCCCUUCAGAAGUUGCCUGUACGGUUGCCUGAAGGAGAGGCCCUACAGUGUUUGACAGAACGGGCUAUGAGUUGGCAAGAUAGAGCACGACAAGCCCUGGCUACAGAUGAAUUGUCCUCUGCCCUGGCCAAGCUGUCUGUGUUGAGCCAACGUAUGGUGGAACAGGCAGCUCGAGAAAAAACUGAAAAGAUCAUUAGUGCAGAGCUCCAAAAAGCAGCUGCCAAUCCUGACUUACAGGGACACUUACCUAGUUUCCAGCAGUCUGCUUUUAACCGGGUGGUAAGCAGCAGUGUAUCAUCUUCCCCUCGACAAACAGUUGACUAUGAUGAUGAAGAAACAGAUUCUGAUGAAGACAUUCGGGAAACAUAUGGCUAUGACAUGAAGGACACAGCCAGUGUGAAAUCCUCUAGUAGUCUAGAACCCAAUCUUUUUUGUGAUGAAGAGAUUCCUAUCAAGUCUGAGGAGGUGGUAACUCACAUGUGGACAGCACCUUCAUUCUGUGCUGAGCAUGCUUAUUCUUCAGCUUCUAAGAGUUGUUCACAAGGUUCUAGCACCCCAAGGAAACAACCUCGAAAGAGCCCUUUGGUGCCCAGGAGUUUGGAACCUCCAGUGUUAGAGUUGUCACCUGGAGCAAAAGCCCAACUAGAAGAACUUAUGAUGGUUGGAGAUCUCCUAGAAGUAUCUCUAGAUGAGACUCAGCACAUAUGGCGGAUUUUGCAGGCCACACACCCACCUUCUGAAGACAGAUUCCUGCAUAUCAUGGAGGAUGACAGCAUGGAAGAAAAACCAUUAAAAAUAAAAGGAAAGGACUCUUCAGAGAAGAAACGGAAACGUAAGCUAGAAAAGGUAGAGCAACUUUUCGGGGAAGGAAAACAGAAGUCCAAGGAGUUAAAGAAAAUGGACAAACCUAAAAAGAAGAAACUAAAGUUAAGUGCUGAAAAAUCAAAGGAGCUAAACAAACUGGCCAAGAAACUAGCAAAAGAAGAAGAGAGAAAGAAAAAGAAAGAGAAAGCUGCUGCAGCCAAAGUUGAACUUAUGAAAGAGAAUACUGAGAAAAAAAGAGAAAAGAAAGUACUGGACAUCCCCUCAAAGUAUGACUGGUCAGGUGCAGAGGAAUCUGAUGAUGAGAAUGCAGUAUGCGCAGCACAGAACUGCCAGAGGCCCUGCAAGGACAAGGUAGACUGGGUACAGUGUGAUGGUGGCUGUGAUGAGUGGUUUCAUCAAGUUUGUGUGGGCGUUUCUCCAGAAAUGGCUGAAAAUGAAGAUUACAUCUGUAUAAACUGUGAAAAGAAGCAGGGGCCAGAUAGCCCAGGCCAAGCACCACCUCCUUCCUUCAUAAUGAGCUACAAACUACCAAUGGAGGAUCUUAAGGAGACCAGUUAGCACAUGCUUGGUUAGUUUGGGACAAGGGGGAAAGUGGACCAUAUUGAGACCUUAGUCAUCAAGUAGAGUGGUUUAGAUAACACUCAAAAUGUUGCUUCCAAAGAUGAAUGGCCUUUAGAGAAAGUCCUCUUAGUGCUGGCUUCCUCUUUGCAUGGACUGUGUGAGUUACAUUCUUUAUCAGCACAUCUGUGCAGAGGAUGUCUCCUUUGGUACAGCAGCCAAUAUUUCAAUUCAGAUGUUCCCUCUGAGUAUGGUUUGCUGCAUUAAAAUCAAGCACUUGAUGGAGAUCUAGGGUGGCUGGUUAACAUUAUAGUACAUUGGUAUGUUAACAGGGUUUGUAGGAUGUGGCUUAUGGCUAGUUUAUAUUAGCUAGUGGCUUACUCCUAGGGGCAGCACCAUUUGGAGGCAAGUAGUGUGCUCAUAGCUUGGAUCUCUUUAGUUGAGAUAGCUGGAGAAGAGUCCAAGUACCACUUUAUUUCCACUAUUACUGGACAUUUCAUGCCUUACGAUACAACUUGGAGGAAUAGGAUUGAAGUUAUUCCUGUUAGAAGUCAUGAGAUAGUAUCACAGUCUACAGACCUCAGGUACUUAUGCUUGUUUGUACCAAGAAGGAAGCCGAAAUAAAAGACUCUCUCACCAUCCUGGGCAAAUUGCCUUAUCCUACCUUAGGGGGUGGAUAGCAACUAGGUCAGAAAUCUGACUAGAUUGGAUUUGGGGAAGAAGAGCUUUUCUUAUUUCAAGGCAAGGAGCCUCUUUUGACUUUGAGAGAAGUCUGUUACCUUGGGUCUUCAUUUUGAAGAAGAACAGGUACAUGGAUCCAGACUCCUACAAGAAAAAAGACAAGUCAGAAUGUCUUACUGAGCCUCAGUGAUGCAUGCUUUUCGGGGAAAUCUUCAUUCACAAGUAUUCCAGACAUCACCAGGCUUCAGGCAUGGCCACAUGAGCAAGACCAGCAGAUAACAGCUUUUGCCUUGCAGCCCUGACCCCAAUCAAUGUCUGCUGUUUCCAACAUUGGCAAUUUCUGAUUGUGGCCCAUGAGCAACAGCAGAUGCUGUUGAAUAAUGACAUGGCUCCAUCAGAGGAUGUGGGGUUGUAAUACCUCUGGGUGAAGAGGUUUUAGUAAAUCCAUCUUUAAAAAAAAAAAAAAAAAAGGACUUGUUUUUACUUUUUUCUAAAUGUCUCUGACUACUGACUGUUCUAUAAAGAUUAUUUUUCCUUUUUUAAUAUACAUAUAUGAAUAUAUAAAUAUAUAUAUACUGUUACCAGCAGCAUAGGACAGAGUUUCAACAUCCAUUUGGGGACUUGCUUUUUCUUUUUCUUUUCAAUGAAGAAAUCCCAUUCCUUCCUUGUAGUACAAGGAGUUAGCACUCCCAUCUCCAUUCUAUUCUUGGCCAGAUCUCCAUCUUGCUUUUGUUUCAAUAUAUAAUUAUAUUUCCUUUAUGUGUUGGGAUUUGUCCCUGUCAGAGGACUUGAUAUUACUCUAGUCUGUGCUGGCUGCUUGUUUUGUUUUUAUGUGAAUGUUUGAAACUAUGGUGCUGUGUGUUCUUCCCUCCUAUUGUGUUCUUUGUUCUUCUUAAGGUGUUAGGUGAGCUGUAUGUAAACUAUUCUUAGAAGCAGACUGAUUUUUUUUU